AUGGAUCAGACUCGGAUCUCUCUCCGGCCGUUCUCUCUCUCCGACGCCGAUGACUUUCUCUCGUGGGCCGAUGACGAGAGGGUGACACAGUUCCUAAGAUGGGGCCCCGUCAAAUCUAGGGAUGAGGCCCUCAAGUACCUCCAGGAGGUGGUUAUACCCCAUCCUUGGCGCCAGUCCAUUUGCCUUGACAACCGGUCUAUCGGGUACGUCUCAGUCCGGCCGGAGUCAGGCCAUGACCGGCACCGCGCCCACAUCAGCUAUGCGGUUGGUGCUGACUACUGGGGACAGGGGAUAGUGACUGCGGCGCUGAGGGUGGCCAUCCCAUUGGCGUUCAAGGAGUUCCCUUAUUUGGUGAGGCUUGAAGCCCUGGUGGAGGAGCCCAACAAGGGGUCUCAGAGGGUGCUUGAGAAGGUGGGGUUUCAAAAGGAAGGGUUCUUGAGGAAGUACGGCGUCAACAAAGGUGAAAUUAGAGAUCUGAUUAUUUAUAGUUUAUUGUCAACGGAUGAGAUGGUGUGA